AUGACUUCCACAAUCGGCAUCCCCAUCAAGCUGCUCAAUGAAGCACAGGGACACAUCAUCACCCUCGAAAUCACCUCAGGCCAGACAUACCGCGGCAAGCUGUUGGAAGCUGAGGACAACAUGAAUAUUCAACUCAAGGAUAUCACUGUGACGGCACGAGACGGACGCGUUAGUCAUUUGGACCAGGUCUACAUUCGAGGCAGCCAUGUGCGGUUCUUCAUCGUACCUGACAUGUUGAAGAAUGCACCCAUGUUCCGAAGUCGCAAUGCUAGAGGUCGCGGUGUGGGUUUGGCAAGAGGAAGGGCAACGGUCAGCAGGGCAAGAGCAAGUGGGCGUGGUGGU